UGGGCUCUCUCUCUCUCCUCGUGGACGAGCUGCACUUCCUCAGUUUCCUUCUCAGCGCGUCCCACCCCCUCCACCUCCGCCUCCCCCUCUGCCUCCCCCAAAAAGCCUCGCCGGUCAUCUACCUCUGGCACAUCGCCUCCUCCAAGAAGCCCGCCAGUCGCAGCUGGUUCCGGACCGCCCUCGCCUCCGACUGUUUCCAACGCAGAGAUCGAGCAUAAGGUUUGUGCUCGCGUUGGUCUCUCGGCAACUUCUGGGCCUCGGUCUCGUUCCCGAGCGGUGCUAGGCUCCCCGCCGUUGACCGGGUGCUGUCCCUGUCGCUGGCCCUAUCGAUCGCGAGGGAGAUCUCGGUAGACCUGGGCAGGGCCGACGGCACGGCGAAGAAGGAGAGGUGCGGGCUAGAGGGCUGGAGAAGGAUUCCCGCUCACUGUGGACGAGGUACGUGGACUGGCUACACCAGUACUGGAGCUAGGGCUUCUCCUUGGACUUGAGCCGAAUCGGGUUCACGAACGAGUUCGUGGAGAAGAUGGAGCCUCGGUUCCAGGCCGCGUUCAAGGCGAUGGAGGAGCUGGAGAAGGGCGCAAUCGCGAACCCGGCCUGGGAGAGGGCCGCAUGGUCGGGCACUACUGGUUGAGGAAGUCGGAACUUGUGCGGGUCGGAUUUCCCGUAGGAGCCUCAGGCGCGACGGAGAUGGCCUUCUCUGGAUUCGUUGACUGAAUCUUCAUCGGCUGAUCAUGACGACUCUUCCUCUUUCAAGGGAUGGAGGGACUUUUAAUGAAUUGGCAUGCCGAGAUGGCCGAGCAAGCUGCGUUGGUUGUUCAGCACGUCGAGCAAUGUCUGUUUUCCGAUUCGCUCGAGAUCAGGGACUACCUAAAAGCGAUCAAGCACUUGAGCUCUAUGCAACUUGGAUUCAAGGACGUCGAAAUGUUUCUGUUCAGGCCGGAAGUGAAUGUGCUGCUGAACUUGGUCGGCUUGCAUUACGGCAUGCACUGGCUUGAAGUGCCAGCUGAGCAUGUCAUGGAAGCGCUUCAGAAUAGCAGGAUCUCACAACAUCAAGUGAGUGUCAAAUGGUGGAAGCUCGGCAGAUUAUUCUAUGGCUUCCGAAUGCGAGACGAGUCUCAUUCUCGUUCAGUUUCCCAGCAAGAUCUAGCAUUGCCUCAGGAAAAUGAGGUCCUCAGAAUGCUUCAUUGAGGUGCCAUUCAUGAGGUCCUUCGCGUCCAAAUUUUUGCAUUCCAUUCUACUAGCACUUCCUGGUCUUUCCCGGAGCGCGCAAGUCUGUGAUCAACGAUGAUUGAUAUAGACAUCUGGUUGUACCACAGAAGUAUGAUCAUGGUAUGUACUGGUGUCUAAGAAGAUUGGGGUUUGUGCAUGUUAGUGUGCAUACCUGUUUAGUGUGCAUAUCUGCGGCCCCAUUUUGUCAUGCAUGAUUGCCAUCAAACUAGUUUCAUUUUCUAUCAAUAACUGCUGAUUCCUGGUUAG